CAAACUGGACGUUUGAUAUAACCCCUUGGAAUCUGUUUGAUCCGUUUGCAAUUUGCGUCUCUUAGUGGUGUCUGUAAAUUCGUAAACGGGUGUUUCCACGCGUGACAGUUAUUCGAGAUGAGAUUUCAUGCUACUGUGGUUAUCAUUGUGAUUUCAGUCGGCAAUUUCAUUACAACAGACGCUUGUAACUGUAGCCAUUGUGAGGAUUCAGUCAGGUUGAUUGACGUUGAGGAGAACGAGGACAUUCAGCCAACCGAGAAUCGACUGGAUAAGGAGGAUCUUGACGGUGAUGGGAGUAGAACAAUAUGCGCUAGGGAUAGGGAUCACGAGGAUAUGACAUUUCCAAGUAUUUGUCACAUGAAGUGUUACAACGGAUGUAGUGAAUUACAUGUGAGGAAGCGUGUGAUAUUUGGCCAUGAAAUCGAUGAAUACUCGCUUUCCAGGACUAAUUAUUAUAAAUUACACGAUGGGCCUUGUCCGAAGAGAAUGAAGAAAAUUUACUCGAACAGCGAUUGAAAAAUUUGAAUUAUGAAAUACUAUGAAUUGAUUGCCUAGAAAACUGAAAAAAAAUCUUGAAUUCUUCGGAAAAAAUCACAGUUUUUCAGAUAACAGUAGAUCUUCAAAGAUUUUUCUUGAAUUACUUGUGAAACCGAAGAAUUUUCAUGAAUUUUGUAGAGUUUGGA